GAGAGAGGCGGUUCAGCCCCGCUAUGGUCUCAGCAGCAGCGGCUCAGGGAGUAGUACCAGACCACUGUGUUGUGCAGGAACAGGCACGACAUAGCUGAAAACCGCCAGCGGAACAAAUGAAAACGAACACUACUCUCUCGUGUGGAUUAAUUCGGGGGCGAGACACUCAAUCGAAGCGAGAAGCUCUUUAAGCGAAAUUGGACCGACUGACGAGGAUUGGGACAUUAGCUACUGUACGAUAACACCGCCGAAUGGUUUCUCUUGCCCCGCCGCUAAGGUUUCUGGCUAAGAGAAACAGCCGAUAAUGCACGGCAUCUGCUCUGCAGCCAUACCUACUUCCUGCCUGUAGAGGAAGCGGCUGUGCCAGCAUGUCCUCUCAUCCCCAGUCUGUGCCGCCGGGCCGGAGGACUGGACUGGACACACGGCACCUGCCAAACCCUGCCACUCUACCACUGCAGCUGCAACGAGCACACACGGAAGUGGGAUUGGUCGACUACCACUCCCAUGCAAGGGACUACAGCUCCCACCUGGCUCAGCCCCAUCGCCGUCGGCCUUCUCUGCUUUCAGAGUUUCAGCCUGGGAAUGAGAGAGGACAAGAGCAGCAUAUCCGCUAUGAACACAUAUAUCUGCCAGAGCCCAGCAGCCAGUCAGAGGUGGAGUAUGCGGAGAUCAAAAGGCCUCGUUUAGAGAUGGGACCAGAGUCUCUAAUGAGGCAAUCGUCCCACCGGCCACCAUUACCUCUGGGAGGGGCUGAGGAUAUGGCAAAGCCUCUGUACAACCAGCCCUCUGAUACCAAGCAGUACCAUGAGAACAUCAAAAUGUGA